AAAAUGGGAAUGAGGGACUGGAAGAGGAAACACCAGAGUACGCAGAUACUUGGUUUUCAGAGGAGCCCAAGCAAAGGGACAAGGGUACUGAUACAGAGGAAGACCAGCUCCUUGAAGAACCUGAAACUCAGUAUAGCUCCAAAAUGACUCAGCACCCAUCAGUUGCCAGCUCUGCUGCAGAAAGCCACUCCCUGCCUGGAUCUGAUGGAGCUUCUUCCCCUGGGGGACCUGGACUGGUGUAUGUCCCUGCUGAGCCUGCCCAGCUUGCUGCCCAUGCGCUAGCCACGGCAUCAAGUGAAGCAGGACAGCCACCACCCCAUCCUAAUGUGUGGACUCUCUUUUGCCUGAGUGACUUGAGACAAGGUCAAAAACCACCCCCACCACCCCCCCUUUCUCCUGCUGGAGCUGGUGUUCCUUAUUCCUGGGCAGCCCUCAGCCCUUCCAGGGGGGAAGAUGAACCAUGUGGUCAGCUGUAUCAAGCAUCUGCCCCCAUGUAUGUGAUAGAAGAAGAAAGCAACAGGAUUGCUGCUCCACCCUUCAUUUUAGUGGGCUCUAAGGUUCAGAAGGUGGACGACUGGCAGCCUCUUCCUGGCCACACCGUCUUUGCGUGUGGUGCUGGGAGCAGACUCACCGCAGUCCCUGUCGCCAGGCCGGCUGGUGAAGGAGCAGACAGGGCCAGCCCCGGCCAUAACUCUGCAGAGGGGAGGGCAGCUCAGCCGUGCACACCAGAGGUUCUCUCAGUUGCCAUCCCAGUUGCCAUCCCUCUGGACGAUGCGGUGUCUGUGAGUGGGCUUGCCGGCUGGGGCCAAGUGCCCAGUGCUGAGCAGUCAGUGCUGUGGGACCUGUUGAACUGCCGACCCUACAGCCAGACUCUUUCCACACACCAGACUCAUGCCUGA